AUGAACCACAUGGGGUCUCCCGAGUCUCCUAUCAGCAUCGCGAAGCUUCAGGGCUAUGGCCGUCGGGAUGACCUUGUUCCGGGACUCGUCCUCACUGGCAACGCUCAGCAACGUGGUCUUAAGUACGGGAUGCAUUUUCGCGACCAGAUCAGGGCAAAUGUAGCCCGGGUUCUAGGUAGUCCCAUAUUUCCGUCAUGGGACUUCUGCAUAAGAAUGGUCAACGAGGUCUACAAACCGAGUUUGGAAAACCAGUGGCCGAACGGGUGGAACGAAUUGCUUGGGAUGUCGUGGGGCUCCGGGGAGCCUGUGGAGAACCUUGUGUUCCUCAACGCCUGGACCGACCUCGCUGCCCUAAAGCUGAAGCCGAAGAUGGAUAUGGGCGAAAGCGUGAGCGCCCAUUUUCCGGAGAAUCUCACGGCCGGCUUCAACCCGGUUCUCGCGCACACGUGGAUUGCCGAUCCAGACGUCUAUGACCAAGGUCUUGUUGUCUGUCUCGAAUACCGGUACCCCGAGGAUGAGGAACCGGACAACAUGAUCAUGGUAACAGAGGCUGGCAUGAUCAGCGGUUGUGCCAUGAGCGCCAAUGGCAUGGUCAUCUCUGGUAACCGCCUGCUUUCAACCGCCGACUACAUCCCUAGGAAAGGAUCUCCAUUCCCAGUGACGUGCCUUGAGCGCUUCCUUCUGGAGUCCACGCAUGAGAUUGGACAAGUCCGCGAAUUCCUCUUGGCUGUUAACCGGCACGCUUCAAGGCACCUUAUGCUCGCCGACGGCCUAGGCACGAUCCUAUCGCUCGAGCUGGGGCCAGACACUAACUAUGCCUUUAUCCAUAACCGCCCGGUGGAUGGUGGCCUUCACGUCCAUGGCAAUUACUUCCAAUCAUUUCAGGCGUACGCAGCCUGCCGCGAGUUGAGCGACGCAGCCAAAGCGCAUACCAGCCGGUCGAGGGUAAAUCGGCUGAAUAGCCUCGUCAAAGAGAUGCGUAGGGGCGUCAUGUCUAGACAGGAUAUCAAGAACCUGUUCUCGGACCACGGGCGAGGGCUUCCCGCUAGCCUGUGUCAGCAUAAGGGUACGGUACAGACGGAUGACACGGCCGCCCUGGUGGUGUUUGACCCGAACCGGGGAGUGGUUUCGGUGUGCAAGGGACCGGCAUGCCGGGGCAUUAUGGUGCACUUGGGCAUCCGGAGGGAGCAAGAAGGCACACCGGCCAAAGUGAUGGGAAAGGGCAAUGGUCAUCCCGAGGGCCAAGGUGGAGGGUCGAUGGACAAGGCGCAACUAGAUGCCAGCCCCAUGAGAGAAGCAUCGAUGGACCUGGGCUCAGCUAAGCCCGAGGCGAACAAAGCUUCGGAAUACACAGGCAUGGCACAUGAUAGUGAUGCUGCCGCGAUCGAUGGCCAACUGCUUCGGCAACAGCUACUGGCUGCGUUUCGUGCAUCGAACCAGUCGCACGACGGCUCCGAUAGUUCCAGCAGAAAGCGAAAGUCGUCGUCACUGUCGUCCUCGGAAAGCAAUGAAAAGGAUAGUGGCACGAUGCUGCAUACCCCGGCUAAGGACCUGGAGUCAGAGAGCGAUGGUAGUGGUGGAGUUGUGCGAAUGAUAAAGAAGAUCAGGCUCCCGGACGCGGUCAAGGAGGAUGAGGGUGAAGACGGAGAGGUGAGAGAUGAUUAG